CUCAGAGAGACGUCUCUGCCUUUGAUAACUUUUUACCACACACUCAUACUAGUCACAUCUCUCUCUCUUUCUCUCUGAGGCUCAACAGUUCUUUAGGAAGUAUGUCGACCGCAACUUUCUCAGAGUUAGACUUUGAGAUCGGGGAGCUGCUGGAGGAAUUUGAGGCCGUGGUGGAGGAAAUGCGCGCUUCGCCGGUGAGCGCGAGCGGCUCCCGCGAGCCUGUGCCGCGUGAGGCUAAACAGCGAGGCGCGUGCAGUGAUGGAGUGACGGACAGCGGCAUCGAGGACGCGGAUGACGGUAGUGAACCGUCUCAGGCAAGCAGCUUGAAUGCGAGUGUGGAAGAGCUCAACACUGCAGGCGUGAUGACUUCACGGAAAGCUAAACUUGGGGACACGUCUGACCUAGACAGCUUUAUCGAGAACCUGGACAAAGAGCUUGCAGAGAUGUGAACAGACAGGACUCGUGUAACUACAGGACAGGAGCCAAGACUAUCAGCACUUACCAGCAAGAACAGACAGAGAACUGGCAUCCAUGAACAAACCAAAACCCCCUUGGACAGGACUUUCAGGAUGUAGUACACCAAACAAGAGAAAUUAGCACGAUAAAUGUUUAAUCUUGUUAAAUGCAUCUUUUAGUUUAUUAAUAGAAAUAUUGAUGUACUUAUUUAUAGUCCAAGUCUCACUGAAUAUGAACCAGCACUUAUUAUCCAGACUUAUUACUGAUUGAGGUAAUAGGACUGGAUUAUAAUAUUUUUUGUAGUUCUUGCUUAGAAGAUUUGCUCUGUUGAAUUAAUUUCAAAUGCUGGCUUUUUAUAUCUCAUAAACUAUAACCUUGUUUCAACUCAACGACCUACGACCAAAAAACUAACAGUAUCCAGGAGUUCUAAUUACAUUGUUACUAUUAAAUUACGAAGGGUGUUCAAGUCAAACCAGGACUUUUAAAUGUACUUACAGUAAUAACAGAAUGAACUUCAAGACAGAUUUUACAAGAGUAAAAGACAAAACUUUUACAAGAGUAAAAGAAAAAAAUAUAGUAUAAUCUUGAUUUUUCAAGAGGAAAAUCUACCUUUUUUCUCCCUAUAAUCCUCUGCUACACUUAUCCCAGCAUUUCACUAGAGCAUGGAUACUAUCAAGGUAGAAAGUUGUCAUGCCCAUAUCCUGACUUUCCUGGAACUGCUUUAAUGCCCCAAAGAUGUGUAAAUGGCUUGGAGUAAGGUCAGGACUAUACGCUGGAUAUGGAAAUAACUCCCAGACAAGUUCAAGUGAUGUUUACGAAUGAUCGUGUGUACAGUUCCCAAUGUGUAUCUUUGUGACAAGUUAUCCAUCGAUUUUCAAGAAUCAAGCAUUCCACACAAAUGUUUACGCAAACAGUGCAGUUGGCUCCAGGAUUGUCGUUUGCAGCGUACUUUAAAACGUUUGCACCAUUUAAAUAUGAGACUAAAAGUCUCAUCACCAUACUGUCCUUGAAGUCCCAGUUUGACCUGAACACACCUUAUAUUACAUCUUUAUAUUUUAUGUAUAAAUACUUAUGGCAGCUAAUUGUAGUAGACUGUUUUAUGUUGUUUUUACUGUACAAAUAACCAUUUAUUUGCAAAUAGCUUUUGUACUAUGAUAAUGAAUUAUAUUUUCUAAGAAAAAGGAAACUUUCGUAGAAUAAAAGAAAAUACAUUUUUAUUUUGGUAA